AAGAGAGAGGUUGACCAUCGCCUAUCUCUUCUAAGUCAAAAUGGCAUAUUACAUCCGCCUGUCGUUAUAGUAAGCGAUGAUAAGAUUAGUGGUCUACUCAUCCCCCGCGUGGGUAUUUAAACCCGUGGUCCAUCGAAUAACACCUCAGUAUUCGCCAUUUGGUGCGAAGGAUUUCUGGUGUUUGCUAGUUUCCAGUGGUUAACUGAACAAUGGGUACGAGAGUUCUGUGGACGAUCGUUACCCUCGCGGUCCUGGCCGGAUCCGGGGUCCAUGCGCAACAGCAGGCAUGCGCCGAGGCGGAGAACUUCUCCUACAUUCGCGAUCCAUUCUUCUGUUACCGUUUCUACCAGUGCAUCGAUGGCAGCCCGUACCCCAUGCGUUGCCCAGACGAUCAGUGGUUCAGUGAGGAGCGCCAGGAGUGUGGUGAUCCCUCCGGUAUCGUGUGCGAAGUAGAGGACCGCCCACCAACCGUGACACCAACGCCCGGUAUUUGUAACGGAGUCGAGAACAACCGCUUCGUGCUGCAUCCACUGUUCUGCAACGAAUAUUAUCUGUGCGUUGGGGAAAUCGGAUUCCCCAUCAUAUGUCCAACUGGGCUGUGGUUUGACGAAACGCGAGAGGUUUGUGGUGAUCCGGCUGACAUCAGUUGCCCCCACGGACGUCCCGGUGCGGCGCGGUGUCGUGAUGAGCCCGAGUUUGCGCUGGUUCCGAGCGAAUACGCUUGCUACCGUUACUACCAGUGCGUCAACGGGUUCCCCUAUCCCAUGACAUGCCCCGAGGAGCAGUGGUUUGAUCGAGAGCGCGAUGUUUGCGAUUGGAUCGAAAAUGUGCCCGAGUGUGAGUUGGCGCCAGGUACGCAACGGCCACCGACGGCCGGUAUAUGCGAUGCGGCACCGAACAAUCGGUUGCGUCCGAAUCCGACGUCCUGCAACCGUUAUUACGUGUGCGUGGAUCAAAUCGGUUGGCCCAAGUACUGCCCCUUGAAUCUGUGGUUUGAUGAAGCCCGGCAAACAUGCAGUGCACCCGGGUUCACCGAUUGUGCGCUCGGUCCACCGUUGCCACCACCACGGCCCGAUAACCCGUGUAAUGAUGUGGAGAAUCUGGCGUUCAUACGGGAUGACUUCUACUGUUACCAGUACUACCAGUGCCGGAAUGGGUAUGCGUUCCCGCUUAUCUGUCCCGCGGAUCAGUGGUUUGAUGUGCAACGGCAGCGCUGCAUUGACUACCGUGAGGUGGAGUGCGAGAUCGAGGAUGGUCCCCCACCGCCCAUCAAGCCAACGCCCGGCAUUUGCAACGGUGUCUUCGAGGAGCGGCUGAUAUUGCACCCCCGGUUCUGCAACCAGUACUACAUCUGUGCGGAUCAGGUUGGCAUUCCGGUGAUAUGUCCGGCUGGGCUGUGGUUUGACGAGGAUACACAAUCCUGCCGCUCGCCCUUGUUGGUCGAUUGUCCGCACGGUGCUACACCACCACCGGAGGAUCCCUAUCGGCUGUGUGACGGUGUGGAGGGUUAUGGCAACGUACGCCAUCCAAACUACUGCUACCGUUACUACCAGUGCCUCGACGGUGUCCCAUAUCCGAUGAUUUGCGAGGGAGAUCUCAUCUUCGAUCGUGAGCGCCAGGUGUGUGACGUACAGCAGAACGUCCAGUGUGAAGUGACACCACCGCCAAUUGUUAAACCACCACCGACGAUUGGAAUCUGUAACGAUGCACCGAAUGGCCGGCUGGAGGCGAACCCACUGUACUGCAAUCAGUAUUACAUAUGCGUCAACGAGAUCGGUUGGCGGUUGGUGUGUCCACAGGGCCUGUGGUUCGAUGUCGAGCGGCAACAGUGUUCGGAGGCGGGCUCGGUUGAGUGCGGUCUCGCACCGGAACGUCCACCAACCACACCGAAUCCGUAUGCCCGCUGUUCUGGCAUCCCGAACAAUGCGUACGUCCGUGACGAAAGCUUCUGCUAUCGGUACUUCAAGUGCGUCAACGGAUCACCGUUCCCAAUGGUCUGUCCCGCGGAACAGUGGUUUGAUGAGGCCCGCCAACAGUGCCGACCGCAAGAGCUGGUUGAGUGUGUCAUCGAUGAGCUACCAACACGCCCACCACCGACCGCCGGAAUCUGCAAUGGGGUGUCUAACUCGAUCCAGGUGCCAAAUCCGUUCAGCUGUAACCAGUUUUACAUUUGCGUCGAUCAAAUAGGUUUCCCACAGGUUUGUCCUCCCGGAAUGUGGUUCCAUGAGGAUGGGCAAACGUGUCUUCCGGUUGCUGAGACGUCGUGUGCACUUGGACCACCUACGACGACGACGUUGGCACCACAUCCGUGGGGUCAGUGUGAUUUUAUGCCAAACUAUAGCUUCGUGCGGAACGAGUUUUACUGUUACCGGUACUUCCAGUGCAUCGAUGGUCGUCCUUAUCCGCUUAUCUGUCCCGCCGAACAGUGGUUCAGUGAGGAGCGCCAGGGGUGCGAUGAUCAGGCGAACGUCCGGUGUAUCGUGAAUCCGGCACCACCGGUCGUUCCCGCGACCCCCGGCAUUUGUAACGAUGUGCCCGAUGGUGAAAUGGUCCUGAAUCCGCGUGCAUGUAAUCAGUACUACAUCUGCGUGGGCCAGAUCGGGUUUACAUUGACCUGUCCCGAGGGACUUUGGUUCGAUGCACAGGAUCAGCGUUGUGAGCGACCGGCGAACGUGUAUUGCCCACUGGCACCAACCGUCACGACACCCGAUCCGUUUGAAGCUUGCGAUGGUGUUGAGGAGGGUGGACUGCUACGGAACGAGUUCUACUGUUAUCGGUACUACCAGUGCAAGAACAACGUCCCGUACCCGAUGAUAUGUCGACCGGACCUUUGGUUUGAUCAGGAACGACAGCUCUGCGACACACCGAGCAACGUCCAGUGUUUCCUGCGCCCUGGCAAUCCCGGGCCACCGAAUGCAACACCCAACAUUUGUGUCGGUGUGGCGAACGGCCAGCUGACACGCAACUGGAACUACUGCAAUCAGUACUAUUUGUGCGUGAACGAGAUCGGUUGGCCACAAAUAUGCCCGGAUGGGUUGUGGUAUGAUGAGGAUCGGAAGACGUGCGACGUGCCCGAGAACGUGCAGUGCCCGCUAACACCUACGACGGUUGCACCGACACCGUGGGAUCGGUGUGUUGGUGUGGAGGACCUUUCAUUCGUCUCGGAUGAUGACUUCUGCUAUCGCUACUAUCAGUGCGUUAACGGUGUUCCGUAUCCAAUGAUUUGCCCAAAUGAUCAGUGGUUUGAUGAGCGCCGUCAGGUGUGUGACUUUACGCAGAAUGUCGAGUGUGAGAUCCACGAUGUGUUGCCACCGCCAAUGCCAACCGAUGGUAUUUGUACCGGGCUCUCCAACAGUGUGCAGGUGCAGCAUCCGGUGUUUUGUAAUCGGUUCUACAUCUGUGUGGAUGAGAUAGGUUUCCCACAAAUCUGUGCCGCCGGACUGUGGUUCCAUGAGGAACGGCAAACGUGUGCCAGUCCGCUGGAGGUCGAGUGUCCGAAUGGGUUGACCACGACACCGUCACCGAUUGAGGGAAUUUGCAACGAUGUACCUUCGGGGACGUACGUACCGAACCCGGUCGACUGCAGCCGCUACUAUGUGUGCGUUAACAUGUACCCAUACUCGAUCGAGUGCCCCGGAGGUAAUUGGUUCGAUAGGAAUCUGCUCCGGUGUGUACCGAUUGCGGAGGCGGAGUGUGCUGACACAGUCACGACCGUACCGACCCCCGGUAUCUGUGAGGAUCGGGAUGAUGGUGUGCGUGUUCCGAGUCCAGAAAGCUGUGCGCUGUUCUACACUUGCCUGAACGAGGUUGGCAAUCCUUCGUUCUGUCCUCCGGGGCUGUGGUUUAGCGAGGAGCUGCAGGAUUGUGACGAUCCGGAGAACGUGAACUGUACCGUGGAACCUUCGACGACGGUUUCGCCGAGUGCUGGGAUCUGCGAUGGACAGCCGGAUGGUCGGUAUGUGGCUAGUCCGUACACCUGCACCCAGUUUUACGUAUGCGUGAACCAGAGUGGCUACCCGUCGGUCUGCUCUUCGGGACUUUGGUUCAGCGAGGCGGCCCAGGAGUGCGUUGAUCCUUCCGAGUCCGAGUGUACCGUAUCGUAGGUUCGAUUCGCUUCGCGUGAAGUUUCCGCCAGAAGCAUUUCAACGAAUGAUGUUCCAAUAAAGCUUUGCAGCCAU